AUGCAAGAAGCAAAGGUAGUUUCGACUCCUUUGGCAGCUCACUUCAAGUUAAGUAGGCAACAGUGUCCUAAGUCCGAGGAAGAGCAGCAAGUAAUGGAGAAGGUGCCUUAUGCUAAUGUUGUGGGCUGCCUUAUGUAUGCAAUGGUAUGCACACGUCCCGACAUAGCUCAGGCAAUCAGUGUCGUUUCCAGAUACAUGGCAAAUCUAGGAAAGCAACAUUGGGAUGUAGUCAAGUGGACUUUGCGUUAUUUGAAGGGUUCUUGGCGACAAAGGAUUAUGUUUGAGAAGCAAAAAGAAAAUGCAAUGGUGUUGGAAUAUGUGGAUGCUGAUUAUGCAGGGGACUUGGACAAGAGAAUGUCAACUUCUGGUUAUGUGUUUACAUGCGCAGGAGGACCGAUCAGUUGGAGAGCACUACUGCAACCAAUUACAGCUUUGUCGACCACAGAGGCAGAGUAUAUUGCAUUGGCCGAAGCUGGAAAGGAAGCAAUUUGGCUUAGUGGCUUGGUAAGUCAAAUGGGAAUCACCCAAGAUUGUGUGAAGCUGAAGUGUGAUAGUCAAAGUGCCAUUCACUUGGCAAAGAAUCAAGUUUUUUUCUGGAAGAUCAAAGCACAUUGA